AUGAAAUUGCUCUUCAGGUUUCCUUGUCUUAUGAUUCUUAUCCCUUACCUAGAUGGAAGGGAAGUGUGUACUACUAUAUUUGGUGUGAAUUUGUUAUUUUCAUUGGAAUAUAUUCCCUCAUUUCAAUAGCAUACCGUUUUAUAAUGCCUGAUGAUAUGAAACGGUAAGUGACCCACAAAUUAACAGUUUCUCAAGACGAUUAAACUGCUUACAAUAUUUGUCUUUUAAUGAUUAGUCGACUAGUCUAUUUGGAUGAUUGGCAGCAUUACGGUUCUACUAGUAAAAAAUAUACUUCAAGGUGACAAUGACUUGCUGUCGAUAUUCCAAAAUAAGUAUGGCGUCUGGGCACGGAUUUUACCAACCCGAUAGUUAUCGAUACGACAGUGAAAAGUUUCGUUAACUAUCUGUAUUUCGAGAUAGCGCGAGUUCUGGUGGUAUUUAAGCAGACUUUAUUAUUUCUCACCUACGAACUGCGUCUCCCCAUCCGCAAAGCACAUAUCUUUUACUUGCAUCCCCAAAAAUCGAUCUGAGUAGUAGUUAUUUUGAAACUUUACUAACGACUGUUUAUUUGAGAAAGCAUGAUAUAUCUCUAUGCCUAAUAAGCCUUCGGCGUCUUGUUAUCCGGUGAUGAUCUCAAGUGAAUGCAGACGCUUUCUAAGUGUAUUAAAAUUUUUAAAAUCCUAAGUAAGAUGGCCCUGGAGAUCACCGAAGUCAGCGCGACCGCUUUUUCCCAAGUGGCGUACUUCUUUUUUUUGCAAUACCAUGACCGCCGUUGAUAUAGUCCUACACCUGUUGAGCCAGACAGACCCUUUUUUGGUAUUUCUCCCUUCGCAGUCAAGGUUUACAGGCGUUUCAUCUAAAAAAGGCGCAAAGCACCCUCUUGACGAAAUCAUCCAUAGUUUGGUCUCCCAGGCUGACUAAAAAUGGCCUCUGGAGAUGUGUCCUAGAAAAUCUGUAGGUUUUGCAAAUCCGCUUCGAUAGUCAGGGUCCGUAGGCAGUUAACUGGCUAUAAUAAAGUUUCCUUUAAUAUAAAUUGGUCAUCUUACCAGAUUUUACGGCAAUCUUACCAUGGACACAACUGAUGUAGACUGCCGGUCCAUUACCAGCAAGUCCAUUGAGCGGAGGCGAUCAUGAAAAUUUGAGUCACUUGUGACCAGCUAAAUCGACUGUUUUCGCCUACUUCAACUUGUUUUCCUUGUUAUUUUGGCUCCUUUGUAAUGCCUUGACGUCAAUCUGUGCCAUUGACAAAAUCAUUAUCGGAGUCAUUAUAGUCUUGCAUUUGCUAAAUAGCGUGAUAAAAUCUACCUAAGCGACAUCGGAGAUCCCUCUAACUCUCACUAAUGUAGAUAAAAUUUACAGUGCAUCUAUCUAUAUAAAGAGGCUUUUUAAAUCGUCCAUUCAGAGUAUCAAUAGAUUUUUGCCUUGAAACGUAAUCGAGAUAGAGCAAGUUUGCUCUUUUUUUCGAAUGCGACAAUGAAAUAGCGUAAUAUUCCGAUACUGUCUGCGGAGAUCUCUUGUUGGAGAUGUAGAUAUCCUCAAGGUAACAUUUGAAUAUAGCAGCGACAGCAGAAACUGCUUGAAAAAAUAAAUACUAGAGAACGAGGAAAACAGCCAGGUUUUUACAUAUUCACAAAUGAAAUCGCGAAAGGAAAAUUAUGACUUUCUUCAACCCUUUCAGUAAGACCAAUUGUUGAUUUGGUCCGCUCAUCAAAUUGUAAAAUGUUUUUGUUUCUUAUGCACCUUCUCCGCCGUUUAUGCCUUGCAAAAGCACAUUGGACUCGACCAAAUAUAUUAUUUCCGAAACAGUAUUCAAAAUUGAAGUUGUACACUAAUUUGAAGACGGGGCGAUUCGCAUAAUUUAGAGUGACGAAAGAUGCAAAAAUGUGGAUCUUCAGCCUUUAAGGCUGACUUGUAUCCUCUUGACUACAGUACAGAACAUUUGUUAUUGAACUAAACAGAACCAUAUCAUGUUAGAAUGCGUCAAAUGCGUCCAAUUCUAUUGCUCCUGUCGUCUGAGAUUUUUUAACAAAUGAAUCAUUAGCAUGACUCCAAAACCUUUGGUGCUUUGCAAUUUAAUUAUGUCGAGAUGCCUGCAGAACCUUGCAACUCACAAAUAUGUUUGCCGUUGAUUGCAUUAAAUAAGGGCUUUUUUGCUCUUUCCAUACUUUUGUAGAUACCAAACUUGUUUUUUGCCAUAAGAUUCCACAAAUUGUUCAAAAUUCCCAAAACGCCAACCAAACGCAGCUUUUUAUCUAUCAGCCUCACCUACCCUGUCAGUGUGCUUUUGUUUUUGUAAUAUUUGAGUUUUGAGGACGUCUAGACCAAUUAAACUCAUUCCUUUUGACCGUUUCAGUGCAUUUGAAGGAUUCUGUCUGCUCUGCCAUACAAUGGGCGAGCAGAUUCCCCUCGGAUUUGUCAUGGGUUUCUUUGUGGAUCUGAUUGUUGCGCGUUGGUGGGAGCAGUUCAUCACUAUUCCUUGGCCCGACGAAUUAGUUAUGCUCAUGGCAGCUCACACCCACGGAAACUCCAAGAGGAUACGGCACCAACUUAAGACGUUUGUACGUUACAUUAAUCUCUCCUUCUGCCUUGCCACGCGCGGCAUAUCCUCCAGGGUGCGACGCCGGUUUCCCACCGAACAACAGCUUGUCGCUUCAAGUAGGUUAUCCAGUCUUCUACCUUAACACGGUUCUCUCCCAGCAUUAGUCACACAAGAAGAGUUGAAGGUGCUGCGUGAGAGUGCACCAUGCAAUAAGCCGGCCUUCUAUGCUUUGCCUCUAUUCUGGGCAUCAGAUCUGCUCACUCAAAUGCAUGAUGAGGGCAGCAUCAAGGGAGAUCAGGUCGUAGAAACGAUUACUAACGAGCUGCAGAAAUUUCGAAAGGGGCUAGAAAAACUGUUGAUUUUCGACUGGAUAAACACCCCUCUGGGAUACACGCAGGUUCGGCAUUUUCUGUGUCUUUAUUGCUUGUUUACUUUUGCGCCUCAUACAGUCUUAUGCGUUUUGAAAAUUAAAUAGUCACUGAGUGAAUACCAAGAUGCAGGCGUUCGGCCUUAUGCGGUUCCAGAAAAUCUCUGAGCUUAGCGCAUGCCUACAACCGAAGUUGAUGCUUUCGCUUUAAGCUCUGAUUCAAAAUACUCAUGGCAACCAAAAAACUCCCGUUCAUGCCAUCUUUCCCUACUUCCGAUCGAUAAUUUACAGUCAAUAUGCGUCGAUUUAGCCAGUUAAGGCAUCUACAUCUAUUUUUCGGACUGUGAGAACAGUUGGCUUAGUAACACGUGUGGAUGAGUGACUGUCUGAUAAGCAGUUUUGUUAAGCUCGGCACACUUCACUGGAACGAAAGGUUUGGUUCAAUAAGAAAUCCGUUAGCCGUGGUCUUAGUCAAUCUCGCAUAUUUGGCAUAUAAUUUGAACGAAGAAGUGCGAAAACUAACAUAAUGCUUACAAAUAUUAACGGUUUGUAGAAUGUCACUUUUGCAUGUUCACUUAGUGGUUAUACCUUUAAAUGAAGGCAAGUGCUCAAGAAUAUUUUCAAAGUAAUAAAUGUACGAGAUGUGGUUCUCUGUUUUUGUGUAAUGUCGCCGUAGUUUUUGAUUUAAAAGCUCCUUAGUCGCCUUGAUCAAUCCCGCGCAGGUGAGAGUUACUCCCGUCGGAGGCUUGAUCGUCUUCCCAUUUAGUCUCAACCACUGGCUAGAAUGAGCUUUCGACAAACUGGAGAAAUGCAAUGCUUAGCCUCUCAUCGCCCAUUUUUUCUACGUAUAUAUACGCACAUGUAUUGCGAAUACUGCAUAGCGUGAGACCAGUUGUGACCCCGUGAAGGCCACUCUUCAAAUGAAACCAAAAGUCUGAUAAGACAUCACAUCUCCCCCCAAGGCGGCGUUGAAUUUUAAGAAAUCAAUUUAUCUGCUUUUUUAACAUUUUUAACACAGGUAAGUGACUCACUUACCGAAGUUUUUCAGGUGAUCGCUGCUUGGGCAGCCAUCUGAACCGAAUCGAAAUCAGCUCUUCUGAGGAAACAUGCAAAAAGCGAAUUACUCUUGAGUCUACUAAUGUAUCCGAAUCCAAGCUUUACCACUGACAGUCUACCUGAAAAUUCCAACUCCGUAGCAAUAUUGUUUCCGUAUAUUUCUUCUGUAUUGUACUUGUGAAUCCCUCCGCCUUCUGUCCUAGGUUGCCACUGUGACAGUUCACAGUUAUUUCAUCUCUUCGUUUUUCGCUUGGCAAUUUCUCGACACUAGCCAAAACUAUCCCAACCACUCCAUCGACAUGUUUGUCCCCGUGUUUGGCAUGCUUCGCUUCCUCUUCUACAUGGGCUGGCUCAAGGUUGGUGUCUUUAGGAACCCGAUUGUUAUCCUUAAUGUAUGCCUACUUAACGUUACAUGUGGUCAAGGUGUCGAUAAGAAGUCUCGCAUCUCAUUUGGCUUUCGCUCGCUCUGUUCUACUAGACGUUUCUCUUUUCACUUAAGUUUGGUUUGUGCGCUCGCCGAUCCUGUGUGCCUAUCGAUUCUGUUAGUGGCGGCAUAAGUUUAAGGGGCUGCGUUAUGUCAGCGUUCGUCCCUGACUAUCGCCGUGUAGACCGUCUUAGACUGCUGGGUGCGGCGGCACGUCCAGGGGCAGCCCCGGUAGUCUUUAAAAUCACCCUUCAGUUGCGAAUGAGUUUUUCGGUAGACCCGUCUAAGAAGAAGUUCAGUACUUAGAUAAACGCCAGCAGGCACAUUCAACAUUAUAUAUCACAUGCAUACUUAUGUUAAAUAGCCCGGUCGUGGACACCUCAGUAACCCCGACGGGUAAGGUGUUAAUUUGAUCAUGUGUUCCACGAAGCUCUGACUCAAAAACCCUGAGAUUUUAAUAUUUGGACUAAUUUACCCACUUAACCUUCUGCAGCAUCCAGAGUCCAGCAAGCGCAUUCAUAAUUUAAGAAAUCAAUCUCCUUUGAAAUUUUCUAUUUGGGCAGUCAGCUUACUGAAUCAUAAUUAAUUUUGACUCAACUGCGAAAACGUCGGUGGUUCGAUAGGAUUUGAAUCCACGGCAGCAAGGGAAGGCCUUAGCACAGCCAACGCUCUAGCCAUCUGAGUUACGAAGCCUCGCCUCGAAUUGGUUGAUUCCAUACUUUGCAGUGGACUGGAUGGGUAACCGGACUCAAAUGAGAUUAAACUCAAGAUUCCCGGCCGUAAUCCCGUGGCUCAGGCGGUUUAGGGCACUGGUUGUAUUAAAGCCUCGCUCUGUUGCCUCAGGUUCUCAUCCCACCGAGGUCCCUGAAUUCUCCACAAUCGGAUCACUUAAAUUACUCAAAUUAGCCAAAAAUAUAUCUUUGUUGAAUGAGACUGGUAGUCAUCUGGUAGAUUGUGGACUGGUUGCUCUGAAAAAUCUACUAGUACAGACGGCCUACUGCGGUAGAAUUGGUGGGUUUCAUAGAUUGCAGUAGGUUGGACUGGCAGUUUAACCAAAGUGUGGACAACCUAGGACCCUUAGUUGCAGACUUGUAGUUCAGAUGGCUGGAACGCUCUGCUCUUUCUGUUAUGGGCUUUAAUUCAGUCUAAGCGGUCCGUUUUUACACAAUUAGGUCGGACAAAUUAUUUAAGUUGUCGAAAACGCCCAUCAAACAGCGAACAAACUUAAACAUCUACUGAACAGAGGAGGUAUCAAUUCAAACGCCGAGGCUUCUUUGCAUGAAAUACUGUUUGGACGCGUUGCGCACCUUGUCUGACUAAUUACACUGAGUGACAACAAUCGCGGGGCAGUUUACAGCGUCGUCACGCAAUCUUUGUUCAUAUAGCCACCGCACAGUGUGGCACUGCUUUGCGUGCCUUCUGUAUCUCUUGGACUCACACCCACACACGCGCACACAUUCACAUCCUCCGGUUGUUCACUGUCGCUUCUCAGAACUUCAUUCUAACCCACAUUGUUAGCAUUUGGCCUCCGGGAAGACACGUUUUCUGCGAAGCAACAGAACCCUUAUCGACAGUGCGAGUAUGCUCGCGUCCAGUGACCUUGAGCGUCUACGGUGGCCUAGAGAAUUGUCCAAUCAUCGCGCAGAUCUGGGCACUGCACAACGGGGCAGCCGUGCAGUCUCCUGCGAACGAAUUACUUGUUGACGUGUCUGUAACGGAAGUGGGAGUGGGAGAUUAAGGAGGAAGUUUUUUUGCCUGCUGGAUCAGUGAGCGCUGUUUCGUCAUCUUGUGGUAAUAAUUCUCUUCAACACCUGCACCUACUUGGUUGACUAUGAAUCAUUCAGUUACCAGGUUAGAAAAUUGGCUUUUAAGAGACGCAACUCAACGAUAAAGCCCAGCGACAUUGCGGCCUCCACUUUUGACCAAAGGUUCUCACGAUAAUUUUCCAAGGCAAGACUUGGAAAUGCAGUCCUUCUGGGAAAUAGGGAAUCCCAGGAGCAUCCAAUACGGGAACCGUGGUAAAAGUGGCUUUAGUGUGGGUCUGCGGGAAAACAGUGAAUAAUGCCCGAAAGCACAUGCAUUGCGGGCAAGUAUGCUAGUUUGAUUUAGUAGGAACUCACAUCUCAGCGUAAGCAAGGUGCGACGUGAAAAUCCAUUACAGGUAACCUGUAAAACGAGUUCUACAAAGAAUAAGGGUGAUUGGUCCGUCAAGGUCAUCGAAAGUGAAUCGCCCAAGAUUGUGACUAAUCAGACGUAAGCCGUAGAUGCAAGUUGAAGGAAGUGGAUGCCGAAUGACUCCCCCACCCUAAAUCCUAACCCUAAAACGCGAACCCUAUUCCUUACCCUAAAGUCCGAACCCUAUUCCUAACCGUAAAACUCAGACCCUAACGUAAUUGCGAAUUAUAAUCUCAGCAGUCCGCGAAGCACCUCAAGGUGAAAGAUUCCGCAAGUAGUACUACGCCUUCUGAAAUCAAUGAUAGUACGAAAUUGAUAAAUGUCGAUUACCUACUGAAAUCAAUAAAAGUACGAUGAUGAUAGUUUAUUUACUAAACAGGACCGCGUUUCCGAGCCCCACCUUUCGCAAAACACGUUUCAGAUUUGCCUUAAACAAGCGGUCAGGAACAGAUUUGAUUCAGGAGGUUAUUGUUCUGAGAAACAUGAUAUUGCUGUACGUAAACCACUCCAAUCAUGACUACAGCAGCAGCCGUUGUCCCUCUCUCCGAGCGAGGCGUCCCCAUUUAAACUCCGUCUUUUUUGCUGAUCGGAGAUGUGGUCAGACAGGCUCCAAGAAUGCCGAUUUAUCCCGUCUACGGGCCCACGUCUGCAUGUCAAAGCUGAAGAAGCCACACUAUUGAAAGUCGAUAGAAGCGAAGAAACGAGUUUCACGAAGCAGUCAGGAAGAGGAAGACACGACUGACUGACGUCUCGGGCUCGCUCCCCAGUCCAUCAUCGGAGACAUAAUCGGAUAAGUUUAACUUACUGAACGGGUGCUUCAACAUUUAUACGGUUCAGCUACUCUGUCUGUAAAACUCGACGUCUUUCACACUUAUCGUAUGUGGUGUAAUCACUGCUUAUUGGGCCGCAGCUCAGUCCUUAAUUUCCGAAAUUAUUUUGACAAAAUUAUGAAGAACUUGACGCCCUUCAUUGAGGUUCUAUCCCACGACAUCAGGAGUAUAACUGAAAUACAGACAGCGCUCUAACCACCUGAGCUACGAGGUUCUACCAGAAGCCUGGUCUCAUGAUAUGGCGUCGUAUGGUUGCCUCCUGUAUGUGUGCAACUCCAGUUCCAAGUGGUGCGAGAAGGUGAUCGACGGCUUUCGAGACCUUCCUGAAGUACAGGAAGGCUAGUCAACAUUUGGAGGUGGUUGAACCGGGUAUCUCAUGUAAUUUGACGUCCGAUGGCUACCGAGGCGUCCUUGGCAACCGGGACCGAUCGUUAGAAUUUGUGACCACCUGGACUUUGUAUCUUGUCUCGUUUGUACCUGCACUAGUUGACGAAGUUGUGCGGAAAACCAUUCACUUUAAGCCCCCACUGUUAUUUUGCAGCUUUGUCUUCCCCUUCACUGUAGUGCACCUCAGCACGGCAGUAUAACGCCCUUAUGUAAUUAUAUUUGUGACUGACUGAGCGGUUGCCGUUGUAGCUCAGUGCUUUUGUAUUAUUUUUCGCAACUCUGAAUACUUGGUUUUUGAGCCUCCGUAAGUUUUGCGGCAGACGAGGACGUUAUGAAGAUAAAGUUAGUUGUUUUCCUUCUCCUCCAUCGUUAAUUAUAUAUCUGAAAGGACGGCGCUGAGAUGCUCUUUGUAUGCCAGAAAUCGAUCCUCGUCAUUAAAGACGAUGCUGUCAUUGAAAAACCGGACGAAGAAGUGCGAUUUGUGGCAUCUGGAGACCAGCGACGCCGACCCUUACUGGAGCGCCUCAGUUAUGAAUUCCGGAAUCAGUGGACCUAUUGACGCGUCUCUCGACGGCUCGUAGGUUCUUUCGUCGAACGUGAAGUGCAGUAAUUGGGGGAUGUUGAAGUGUCAGAGGCGAUUCUCCGUGUCUUUGUAUUUGCUUCAUAGUUAAAUGGUCUCGACCGCCAUCUCCUCUGGCAUAGAAGGAAAGAGGAACGUGACAUCGAAAGUUACCGCAAUCCACUUUGGCGGAAGAAUAGCCUCUUUAAGCCGAAUGUUUACCAUGGUCGACCUAAAUUGCGAUCGGAACGAGAAAAUGGAUGGCGUGUCUGCAGAUGUCACCACAGUAACUCAGUGGAUGGACCGCGCAGUGGGACUUCUGAGCUGCUCUGAAGUUCGGACUCGUCCCAUAGAAAAGGCGGGAGUCAGACCAGCGUCCGCUGUGACACCUUCCGCACGGAUAGUCUAAACUUUUUCCCCGACAAAAGGUUAGGCAUCACGGAUAUCCGGAAGGCUAGCCAACAUUUUGAGGUGGUUGAAUCGGGUAUCUCAUGUAAUUUGAUGUCUGAUGGCUACCGAGGCGUCCUUGGCAAUCGAGAACGAUCGUUAGAAUUUGCGACCACCUGGGCUUUGUAUUUUGUCUCGUUUGUGCCUGCACUGGUUGACGAAGUUGUGCGGAAAACCAUUCAAUUUAAGCCCCCACUGUUAUUUUGCAGCUUUGUCUUCCCCUUCACUGUAGUGCACCUCAACACGGCAGUAUAACGCUCUUAUGUAACUGUAUUUGUGGCUGACUGAGCGGUUGCUGUCUUAGCUCAGUGCUUGUGUAUUAUUUUUCGCGCUUCUGAAUACUUGGUUUUUGGGCUUCCGUAAGUUUUGCGGCAGACGAGGACGUAAAGAAGAUCUAGUUAGUUGUGUUCAGUCUCCACCAUCGUUAAUUAUAUAUCUGGAAGGACGGUGAUGAUCCUUGUCGAUAAAGACGACGCUAUCAUUGAAAUACCGGGCGAAGAAUUUUGAUUUAUUGCAUCUGUAGACUACCGCCUCAGUUAUGAGUUCCGGAAUCAGUGGACCUAUUGGCGCGUCUCUCGACUGCUCGUAGCUUCCUCGGCCGAACGUGAAGUACAGUAGUUGGGAGAUUUUGAAGUGUCAGAGGCAAUUCUCCGUGUCUUUGUAUUUCCUUCGUAGUUUAAUGGUCUCAACUGCCAGCUCCUCCGGCAUAGAAGGAAAGAGGAACGUGACUUCGAAAGUUACUGCAAUUCACUUUGGCAGAAGAAUAGCCCCUUUAAGCUCAAUGUUUAGCAUGGUCGACCCAAAUUGCGAUCGGAACGGGAAAAUGACUCAGAACAAACGUGGCUCUCUUUGUGAGUCACAAAGGAUGGAGUAUCUGCAAUUGUGACCACAGUAGCUCAGUGGGUGAACCGCGCAGUGCGACUUCUGAGCUGCUCUGCAAUUCGGACCCGUACCAUAGAAGAGGCGGGCGUCAGAACAGAGUCCACCGUGACACCGUCCACACGGAUAUUCCCAACUUUUCCCCCGCAAGGGGUUCAGCAUCACGGUUAUUCGGGUCCUGAAAAUGACUCACUUGCCCAGCAUUCAUUUCAAAGCUCAAUUAGAUUCGGUUUUAACAAAGUAAGAGUGUCGCGAGGAAACCAGACCAGCGCAUACGGAGACACGUACCACGAGAAGCUUUCAAGCUUCUCUGCAGGCAAGGAGACCGGGGGGGCCUUUAAAUCCUCUUUUGAAGACCUCAUGGUGAAUCAGGAGACUCCCCAUUGACCGGCAUCACUGUGACAUUAUCGUGUUUCGCCCGUUGUGUUUGUUUACAUUUUAGCACCUUAACCCUCUCCUAUUCUUAUCCAAUCUAGGUUGCGGAAGCCCUUAUCAAUCCCUUUGGAGAGGAUCCGGAUGACUUCGAAAUGGAGGAUAUAUUUGACCGAGAUUUGCAGGCAAGUAUUCCAUCGUGCUCUUCCUCUUCUGUGUACUGUCAUCUCGCUUGA